AUGAACUUUCCUGCUGAUGGACCAGUGAUGCAAAAGAGGACAACUAAUUGGGAGCCGUCCGUCCAAAAAAUGACUGUGAGCGAGGGGAUAUUGAAGGGAGACGUUACCAUGUUCCUCUCGCUGAAAGAUGGGAAAAAUCACCGUUGCCAGUUCCAUACGUUAUACAAGUAUGUCGUUUAAGUUUCUUUCUCGAAGUAAUAAUAUUUUAGAACAGUUAAGAUAGCACGACGUUGGCGGCGGAGAAAACGUCACUUGAAACUAAAGCGCGAUCACGAUCCAAACUUGCUCUGACGAUAUCUUUUGUUGUCACACUUGGGCUUUAGUAAAAGGCCUCAACUAAGUUAAAAGGAAUGUAAAACAAACUUUGCCAUGGUAAAACUCAGUAGUUGACGUUCCAGACGGUUUCUUGAUUUACCUCCAAUUUCAGGAAUUAUUGUCCUACCAUUCCGUCAUCUCUACUGCUUGUUUCUGGGCCUUUCCAAGACGAGCGCGCGUUUCUGGCGCUCCCCACCCUUCUCCAUGAUCAUUAAAAAGAUUGCAACUACUAUGAGGUAAAAUUUCGGUUUAAAAGCGCUUCGUUUUCUUAAAAUAACGGCCGAACAUAAAGAUUGUCCAGUUUUUACCGUGUUUCUAACAAUAAAAACCUCAUCGCAAAAUAUCUCGAUAAUGCUCUUAUAGAUUUCACUUAAACUUCACAAACAUCGAAGCGGCUAUUGUAGGAAAAGCUUCCGUUAACGAUUUUGGAAGAGCAGUUCCCAGUGCUGAGAAAUACGGCUGGAAAUAAAAUGGGUAAUGGCGUCAUUUCGUUGCUAUGGUAACCCUGACGUCAUUUUGUAACCCUGAUCAAAACAAAUUAUCUAAUACAGCUGUGGUGGCAAUUUUUCCACUGAAAUCUUUGUUUACGGGGACGUAGUUUAUAAUCAAACUUGGGAGGUAUUGUCCCUGAAGAAGCCCACUGAGCCACCUUAAAAACCAGGUUCUUAGUCGCGUGUUUUUACUGUUAUGUACCUUUAACCAGUGGUAAUAACCUAUGACUGUGGCCAUAUUCGGGCUUUUUACUAUGGCUAAGUAAAGUUUACUAAAGUUUGCCCAUGUUCAAGCGAAAACUUGACGGGCAACUUUCAGCAAAAUCAGACCGACAUAUACAUUUAUAUAUCUAAAUGUAUGAUAAUUGAACAAGCUUGUGCCUUGGUUUGAAAUAAAUCAUUUCUUUGAACUUCUCUCAUUUGAACUGGUUAUUGCCAUUCUCAGUAAGUUCUGAGGAACUUUCAGCUGAACCUUUAACUGAAUAAUCGCAAACAAACAAAUGAAUUACAAUAAGCAAUAAGCUUUUAUCGAGGCAGGCUGUUUAUAAGGUCACCCUACAUACUGUUGGUAGAAUAUUUUCAUCACUGUGAUACAAAGUUAAAAAAUAGUGACUUGGGGCGCUUUUCAAAAGUCAGAACUGGCCGGCCGGGCCAUAGCCGCACCAGUCAUUUUGCGAUCGGUCAAGAGCAUUCAUCCUGGGCUUUGUGUACUUCACAAGGGUGGCAUUUUUUAGGUUUAAAAUGGACUUGGGUUAUAACACAAUAUAUAUCUUUUUUCCUGAACAGAGCAAAGAAGGCUGUCAUGUUGCCAACGGAAAGCCACUAUGUGGAGCAUCGCCUGGUGAGGACUGACCUUACUACUGGAGAAGUGCAACUGGAUGAGCAUGCUAUUGCAUGUUUAAACAAAGUGUGA